AUUCCACCGUCAGUCAGUGCAGAACCGUGGAAUGUUGCGGACGUAGUUUUAGUUUGUGGAAGCCCCUCAUAGCUCUGUGACGGAUUUGCACGGCUCACAGCAGGUGUAGUGACUAUGAGUGCUUCUUGUAAAACUUAGAAGAGAAAAAAGCUCUCUUCGUGCUCUCAAUUGGCCAUUUCCUCGCAACUAUUUACUAAUCCCCCCUCAACAUAAUUUUCCCACAUUGUGGUGUCGUGGAGUUUUUUUUUCUCUUGUGAUCCUAAGCAGCCGCAAAGUACUUACCUCCUAUAACUAACCCCACGAAGAAGAAGAAGAAAAAAAUGGUCUGCCUGUGCCUUCCUGUACUCUUGCUCAUUCUCUACAUCAUCUGGGAUGUGAAUUACUUCAUACGAGUCAUUUUCACCGUUGGCUUGGGUAGAUUGCUGCAGAAGAAAGUCAAAAUCACCGAUAAAACCACCAUAUACGGUUUCUGUACGACUCAGGAUGUUGACAUCUUCAUCAGGCACAUGAACAACGCUCGCUACCUGAGAGAGUUGGAUUUUGCCCGAUUUCACUACUACGGGCUCACUGGUCUCUAUGAGGAGGUGAAGAAGACUGGCGGUGGUGCCGUUCAAGGAGCCUCCAAUAUUCGGUACCGCAGAACAAUACCAAUCUUCAAUGCCUACAAAGUGGAAACGGAGCUCAUUUGGUGGGACGAAAAGGCCAUCUAUCUCGAGCAGAAAUUCAUAACGCUCUCCGAUGGAUUUGUCCGUGCAGUCGCCACAUCCAAGCAAUGCAUCACAAAGGUGAAUGUGAUGGAGCUCAUUGCAAAAUUCCCCGGUGGUGAGAAACGUCCUCCGUGUCCAGAAGAAUUGCGUCUAUGGCUUGAAGCACAAGAAAUAUCCAGCCAAAAAUUGCGCGGCAAUAAGAGUGACUAACAUCCCUCUUUUGAAAAAAAAAAGUGCUUCCACGUUGUUUUCAAACAAAAGAUAAAUUGAAAAAAAAGAAAAAAAAUAUUGUUGACCAAAAAAAUCACGUAAAAUCAAUAAAAACUACAAAACCAUUUGAAAAGCAA